GUAAGUGUUGUUUCGAGCGCCAGGAUUCUGGAAAUAGGAUCGGGGUUUAGUAAAUGUUCGAUCCUGCCAAGCCACUAAACCUCUGAGCCUCGGCGGUUUUCGACGCUCUGCACCAUAACAUUCACUUUGCGAAUCUUUCAGAACCACGUAUCUGUACAUAAUGUUUCGCGCGCGCCAAUUUUUGCAUCGAACACCCUUUAAUGUAGCUACCCGAUGCUGUCCGCGUUCCCGCGCUCCACUUGCGCCCCUUGAAUUCCCUUUGCAGUCGAAGAUCCGCUGGUCUUACCUGUGGUAUGGCACUAUCCUCGUUCUUGGGAUAAGUACAGGCUUAGGUGCUCGACACUUUGCGGCACCACUUGGCCUACCUGAGCCUGGAUCCGAGGACGACGCGCGUAUACUAGAGUCACUGGGUGCCGACAUCGACAGGCUGGACAUAGUGAAGGUGCUGAGGAAGCAGAGCUAUAGCGUACAUUCAGACAUACCAUUGUCGAGUGCAGCAGGAAUAGAGGAGCCAAAGGCAUGGCUGGAGGUAGAUCUGGGCAAAAGUGAAGUGGAAAAUGGUGGUUUACUAGGCGUCAUGAGUGGAACAAGAGGACUUGGAGUACAAAGGGCAUUCUGGAAUGCAGAGACAAGAGAAAUGGUAGCGGUGAUCUGGUUAGGCGGAGGGCUAUCAGGAUGGCCUCGAGUUACGCAUGGCGGUGUAAUUGCCACUGUCUUCGAUGAGGCUAUGGCGAGGAUGGUCCGAGGACCAAGUGGGACCAUUGAGCAGGUCCACCGCCCGACGUCGCUCAAAGUGACCUACGCGAAACCUACGUACAGUUUAGACUUUUACAUUCUGCGCGCAUCGUUUGCCAAACCGAGUCUACCCCAGACCGAACCUGUUCCUGAACCCGAGGCCGAGCCCACAAAGACAUGGUUGUCCUGGCUUCCACCCCAGAAAGAUAUGACCAAGAGGUCCGAACCUGGACAGCUGAUUGAGAUCAUUGGGACACUGGAGAGUGUCAACGGGGAUCUAUGUGUCAGAGCAAAGGGCACGUUUGCGGCACCGGCUCUAGUUGGCUGAAAGAGAUGCUGAGACAACAUGCACAAAGGGGUUGCCGAAGUCGGUUCGCUGUAGAGACUUCUGAACUUUUGGUGCCGCAUCGAUCGCAUA